AUGACACUACUUGCUGCGACUGUCCCCGAUGAUACCUAUGACUACAUCGUUGUGGGCAGUGGCCCGGGAGGAAUCGUCGCUGCUGAUAAGCUGUCUGCUAGCGGCAAGAGUGUGCUUCUGAUCGAAAGAGAACCUCCAUCUUCUUUCAGAUGGGGCGGAAGGCGGAGAGGGGCCUGGCUUGAGAAUUCGAAUCUUACAAGGUUCGACGUUCCUGGGCUUUACGGCCAGAUAUGGCAAGAUAGCGCUGGCAUCAAAUGUCCGGAUGUCGUUCCCAUGGCAGGCUGUGUUCUCGGCGGUGGAUCUGCUAUCAACGCGGGCCUUUGGUUCAAGCCUCAAAGCUUGGACUGGAAUACACAGUUUCAUGAUGGGUGGAAAGCUAAGGACCUGUCUGCUGCCACAGACCGAGUCUUUCAGCGUGUUCCCUUGACUGAUGUCCCUUCCAGCGAUGGUAUCUUGUACAACCAUGCUAAGAGGAGAGCCGUCUCUCAAUCAGAGUACUUUUUCCAGCAUGGUGAGCGAGGUGGGCUCUUGGAAACUUACCUUGCGUCAGCAGCAGCUCGUGACAACUUCAAACUCUGGACGAACACACUCGUCACCAGAGUGGAGAGAAGGGGAGAUAGCAUCACUGGUGUGCAAGUAGAGCCUGCCGGUGAGGGCGGUUACCAUGGCACCGUCAAGCUUGCUGCCGGCGGCCGAGUUAUUCUUUCUGCUGGAGUAUUUGGCUCAGCCAAGAUCCUGUUUCGAAGUGGGAUUGGCCCGAAAGAUCAGCUAGAGACUGUCCAGAAAGCUGAAGGCGACGUUCUCAUCGACUCUACCCACCUCGACGACCAUUUGAACACAAACAUUCUCUUCGAGCACCCGGACAUAGUCAACUACGACUUCAACAGCGCUUACAACAACCCUAUUUCGGAUGACGCCGCAGCAUACUUGACCAACCGAUCAGGCAUACUGACACAAGCAGCCCCGAACAUCAACCCCGUCUUCUGGGAUGCGGUUAAAGGAGAGGACGACAUCGAAAGAUGGUUUCAAUGGACGAGCUAUGUCGGCGGGCCGCAAAGAGGCAGGGCAUACAAUACUUCUGGCAUGGCAGCUGCCCUUGGACUAGGCAAGACUUCGAGAGGUCGCGUCACAAUCAACUCGUCCCUCAAUAUGGAUGUCAGCGUACUUCCUUACUUCAAUGAUGAAGGGAAUCACGACUUUGAGGCUGUUGUAACUACCGUAGGUGGAGUUGUCAGGGCAAUUUCUUCCAUUCCUGGGGCUACAAUGAUCAACCCCGCCCCUGGUCAAGACGUGCGAGACUACGUCCAAAAUUUGGCAGUGGAUAUUGGCCGCACCGCUAAUCACUGGGUCGGAACCACCCGUCUUGGAACCGACUCUGCUCUCGAAGGUGGUAAAUCCGUUGUUGAUCUUAACGCGCAGGUUUACGGAACGAGAAACCUGCACAUUGUCGACGCAGGAAUACUCAAUGGGAUCUUCACAGCGAACCCGCAAGCUGGCAUUGUUGUUGCUGCCGAGAAGGUGGUCGAAGACAUCGUCAAAUUGCCUGGAUAA